GCGGACUGUUGGAGGAUUUGUCAGGUUUGUGUGAAGUUGAGAGUAGUUGAAGUACGAAGAACUAAAACACUCAGAAAGUGGGGUGGGUUUGCGCCGGCCCGAGACUUGCGUAUUAAUCAGCUCUGCUUCUAUAUAUUCACCCCACAUCCACUCUUCCUCACCACCCUUCUCUCUUCUCUACUCCCUCCUCUCUUUCAUCCUCAUCACAAUGUCCGCCGCCGUAUUCGAUAAGAUCAAAAUCCCCAACGGCAUCGUCUACGAUCAGCCCACCGGCCUCUUCAUCGACAACCAGUUCGUCCCCUCCAUCGACGGCUCCAAGUUCGAUGUCUUCAGUCCUUCCGACGAAGAAAAAAUCACAGCCGUCUACGAAGCCAAAGAGGCCGACAUCGACGUCGCCGUCGCCGCCGCCAAGCGCGCCUUCUACAAAGGUCCCUGGGCCCGGACAACCCCCGCCGAGCGCGCCCGUCUGCUCCACAAACUCGCGGACCUGAUCGAAAAGCACGCCGAGGUGAUGGCCGCCAUCGAGACCUACGACUGCGGCAAGGCCCUCUCGCUCGCGCGCGGCGACAUCUUCGCCGUCGUCGGCGCCUUCCGCUACUACGCCGGCUGGGCUGACAAGAUCCACGGCAAGGUCGUCGACGUCGACUCCACCUCGUUCAACUACACAAAGAUGGAGCCCAUCGGCGUCGUCGGCCAGAUCGUGCCCUGGAACUUCCCCAGCGUCAUGCUCGCAAACAAGAUCGCGCCCGCCAUCGCGGCCGGCAACACCGUCCUGCUCAAGUCCGCCGAGCAGACCCCUCUCAACGCGCUCUACAUCGGCACGCUCGUCAAGGAAGCUGGCUUCCCGCCCGGCGUCAUCAACAUCGUCUCUGGCAUCGGCAAGAUCGCCGGCGCCGCCAUCGCAAGCCACAACGACAUCAUGAAGGUCGCCUUCACCGGCUCCACCCUCGUCGGCCGCGCAAUCAUGCACGCCGCCGCCGACAGCAACAUCAAGGCCGUCACCCUCGAGCUCGGCGGAAAGUCUCCCAACAUCAUCUUUGACGACGCAAACAUCGACAAGGCCGUCGAGUGGAUCAACUUUGGCAUCUUCUUCAACUGCGGCCAGGUCUGCGCCGCGGGCUCGCGCGUGUACGUGCAGGAAGGUGUCUACGACAAGGUCGUCGCCGCAUUCAAGAAGCGCGCCGAGCAAAACAUCAUCGGAAACCCGUUUGACGAGCAGACCUUCCAGGGCGCGCAGGUCUCGGAGGCGCAGUUCCACCGCGUGAUGUCGUACGUCGAGAGCGGCAAGGAGGAAGGCGCCACCGUCGUCACCGGCGGCGAGCGACACGGCUCGAAGGGCUACUUCAUCAAGCCGACCAUCUUCUCCGACGUCUCGACCGACAUGAAGAUCAUGCGCGAGGAGAUCUUUGGACCCGUGUGCGCAAUUUCGAAAUUCACAGACAUGGAGGACAUCAUCGAGAAAGCAAACGACACGGUGUACGGUCUCGCAGCGGCGGUGCACACGACAAAUCUAAACACAGCGAUCGAGGCCGCGAACCGCAUCCGCGCGGGCUCGGUCUGGGUCAACACCUACCACGGCAUGCACUGGGCGCUGCCGUUCGGCGGAUUCGGACAGUCUGGAAUCGGACGGGAGAACGGCAAGGAGGCGAUGAAGGCGUACACGGAGGUUAAAACAGUGCGAAUCAGUCUGGAGAAUUGAGUUAUUGAGUUUUUGAUUAGUUAGGGAUGAAUAGUAACGACUUUAUUUCAUGUAACAAUACAGUAUAAGACAGUAGCUACAGACGAGCGCGAGCAGUCGCGUUGGGAGUGGAGACGAUUAGGUUAGUGGUAUCUGCAAACAGGUCGUUAUCGCUGGCGAGUUCAUCAACUGCGUUUUGGAAA